UUUGCCAGUUUGUACAGCCGGCGAGGCACUGCCGACGUCCUGCUGAAUGCUGUCGCGGAAAGCUGUUUGCCGUCGGCGCGAGGGGCACGUUUUGUAGCAGACGGCGUUUCGUACGCGCUUCCCUGGCUGUUUUGCCGUGCGCUGCGCUAACUUUCGCGUUCCUUUUGUUUUGGGAGCUCGUUGUUCACUGCAACCGGGCUUGACCGCUGACUGACUGAAGUUUCUGUGUUUCGCCUUGUAAACACAUUUUCUCUGGACUUUGGCUUCCGCGGGCUAGAACGUCGUUGUUUCGCUCGCCGAAACGACCGUUUACGAUUCUCAGUUCCGGGAGGCUUUGCGCGGCAUUGAUCGUGUUUACUUCGAUAAGCCGUGUACGGGUAGGGGGACUGCUGUGCUACUGAGUAAUACAGAGGACUCUUUAACGGCGCCUGGAACCUCGUUUCGUUGUAGUCAUGGGCUCUGGCCAAGUGUUGUGUUCGUUCGUACUCACAUCGUGACGACAGACUGUGCUUCGUCUUCAAGAAUUGAACACUGCCUGGACGACUGAUCUUUGGAACGUACUUUACGCGGACUGCGCCUGCAAUGAUCGUCGCACGUCCAAGCAAGGCUAGUGCCGGAGGGCCUCCCGACCGACCAGCACGCCGCCGCCGCGCAAGCGACCCGCCGCCUGGCGACUUCGUCGCCGGAAGUGAGAACAGCACGGCGCGGCCGACACCGCUGCACCACAAGAGCCGUCCGCCGUACUCGUCCCCCGCCGACCCGUUCCGCUUCCGCGAGAUGGACAUGCUGACCGAGAUGGGCGUGGCGUACGCCCGCCAGGUUCGAAACGUGCGCCGAGCCGCGCUGGCUGAUACCGGGGCCCUGCGCCAGUUCUCGAGCCCCGGUCGCAAGGCCGUCGAGGAGGUGGAGGAAGGCCUGUUCCAGGUGCAGAGGAUGCACAGCCAUCUCGUGGCCAGGGCCAACCACCUGGUAUACAGGUUGCAAGACGUCGUGCUCCAGGAGGAGUCUAACAGACUAAGAAAACAGAUGCAUUGGAUCACAACGUUGCCAGCCGAAAAACAGACCUCACAGGUACGGGAUCGGGAACACGAUCUGAUAGUGAGGAUAGUUCGCAUAGUGAACAAGAGGGAUGCCAUCUUGGCCGAGCACCAUGUGGAACAACGCAGGGCUGCAAACGAGCUGCGUCAGAUGGAGAAGGAGUACCAAAGGUGGCGAAGAGCCUUGGGCGAUGAGGACUCCGAGUUCUUGGGCGAGUCGACGGAAACCUACGAUCUUGGCACCCCUUUUCCAGACUGGACACGGCCCCCCACUGCGACGGCGGGCAGUACGAAGAAGCCAGCGAGCAAGACAUUCUUGACGUUCCGCAGCUUCAAAAGACGUGUGGCCAAGACGGUCGGCAAAGUGGCAUCGAAGAAGAAGGGAAAGCGGCCGGCGGCACAGACGAACACUGAGAUCUGUGCAGCAAAGUUGUGAUGUCCACGGCAGUCUGCAUGCUUGUCAUGCAUCUUUUAAGGACUCAUCUUCGGGGUGCGGCAACGAUGGUGGGCCCACACCUCCCAAGGCUCGGCACUUCCAGCAGUAGUGUGUGCGCAUCUGUGUGUGUUCGAGGAUGCUGGAAAAUGUCGGGACUGUGCAAAAUCUCAGCACUUGCGGCCUAGGGUGAACAAUGGGACGCUUGCGGCCAUGUCUUCUGUGCCGUGCGCUCUUGUCAGUGCAGUUCCUAUGGGAGAUUAUUUUGAGCAGCAGCAGCCCAUAGGGAGACGUGUGUUCUGCACCGUUUCAAAGUGACUUUCACUCUCUCGAAAACGUUUUUCUCUCGCCGGCGGCUUUCCUACAUCUGGGCGUGAAGUGCCAAUCAAAUGUGCCAUGCAGAAAUCCAAAAGUCAACAGCAAAUGCAUGUACAGUAUGGCCUGCUCUUAAGAGGAACACCCACUUAAAAUCCUGCAGCCAUUUAAAGUCAGCUUCUCAUAAAAGUGCCUGAAGAUUUUUUUUUUUUUUUCCGUUACGGGUGUAUGUUUGCCCAACACAUUGUAUCAGUCACAUAUUAUUUUGAUAUGGAACUCUUUCUGUACUCAUGACAAGGAUAGUCCUGACGAAAAACAUCUUGCAGUGUGAAUCGCUGACAAGUAUAUCCAUCAACUUGCUCCUAGUUUCCAGAUGCCAGCGCUUGUUAAUGUUAGUGGCAUUGUGUGUGGUCUUUCUCUUCAGUAUUAUGGGUUGUUCGAUUGCUUUCAUUGGCAACAUGGCUGUCCUGUGUGGCGUUUCUGGGAAACUUAGCACUUUAUAAUUUCUUGUGAUACGGAAAGGGUAUAGCUAAUUUGCAUUUACAUUGGCUUUAUUCCUUCUCAAAUGUCCCUUCUUUAGGGCAGGCCAUACUGUACGUGUGGUGAUGUGCAUUUUGUUAACAUUCGCUCGUAUGCUGGUGCGGGCAUCUGGCUUAAGGAUGAACAUGCACAAAUGUCUACAUUACUGAAGCCCUUUCAAACUAGUGUUCCUAAGAUGCCAAAGCAAUGAGGGGUUUAUGAGAAACGAUAGCGAAAGCACAGGAGGACUGCAAGUUAAUUAAGAGCAUCAAUGGCUCGUUAACAUACGCCAAAAUACGAGUACAGAUCUGUUUUUCCCACCGCAGUGGUUGCGUUUUGUUGCGGGACAAAGUGCGAAAAAGUUCACGUACUAUGCUUCAGGCGUAUGUUAAAGAACCCCAGAUGGUAGAGAUUAACCCUUUCACUACGGCGUGUGUCAUAACCUGCGUGUUGCCUUGUAUGUUAUUGUUGCACAAUCCAACGCAGUUUUUCCACUUCGCCCGUAUCAAAAUACUUUUGCCAUGGUUGGUCAUCAAACCAGCCACCUCGCAGGGUUGUAGCAACGAUAUGACAGCUGUGCGCACAUUUUCACAUGCCUGCUGCACUUGCAAGGCAGUGGCACGAUGCUUGCUUACCGCACGUGUGUGUGAUGAAAAUGUUUUCGUGGCCUUUCGUCAUAAUGCUGUUCUAUGGAAAAGCACAUGCAUUGCACGCAGUGCCUUCCGUGAGCUAUUCAAAAACUAACGGUUUCUCUUUUUUGCACGUUCAGAGCUGCGUGUGCGUGAGCAUUUGUGUUUACGUAGUGUUGUGGUAUUUAUGUCUGUACGUAAGCUACCGUAUGUGUUGAGUACACAGUUACACUUCUCUGCGAGUGUGCCGCGUGAAUGUGUAGAGUGUUGCACAUGCGGGCAACUACGUGAUGUUAAUAUUUUUUCUGGCAGGCAUUGCUAGGUGGAGAAGUCCACGGGGGCAUUAUUAGAAGUCAGAGACUGUCAGUGAAUGCACUGGCAAUAUUUCAUCAGCGCUACAUGGCUGCCUUAUAAAUGUGCGUACAAGCUUUGUUGCUGUAAUAGUGCCUAUGCGGUCGACAAACUUCACUGCGUGGUCUUCGAUGUCACAUAAGGCUCUUGCAAAGUUGCCCGCUGACAGCAGCCUAUAGUGCCUUUGAGAAAUCAGUUUGCGUAUUAUUAGCUUUAUUUUUUUUCUGCUCGUGCUAAACAGUCUUCGAACUACAAACAUGUUGCCCAGCAUUAUCCUGCAAAGUGGAACGGUCAUCCAGCAUAGUGUUCUCUUCCACAAUAGCUUCAAGCCUAGCCGCAAGAAAGUUAAAAAAGCAAGGCAAAGUUAAUUGCGAAAUGCAUGGUAUGAUGUGGCAUCCGAUACGAGAUGCAGCAUGUCCGAAAGGUGGCCGCCACAGCUGGUGGAAACAUGUUGGGUAUUGGUGUGGCUAUCUGUACUCUGCAUUGCUGGAGGAGUCAUUAAAGUGUGUCGCUACUUGAUCCUAUAAUUUGAUCCUAUAAUCUUGGUGUUGAUCUCAAGAAGACCAUUUGAAUGCCGUUAACAUCCGGAGUCCUCGGCCAUCGGCAAAAUGUUGAUUUCACAACAUGCAUCAAGAGGCUACCUGCUCCAUGAAAUAAAUAAAUCAGCUACCCUCUCCCGCAAAAGUCCCACAGACAACAUAGUCCCACAGCAGCACCCAUUAUUGUAUAGAUUAUUGUUUACGUGUCUGUGGUCAUGAAAGCGUACGUUUGCUAGUGAUAUUGUAAACACACACUACCUGUAAAUGGUUACAAAGUGUCUCAGCUGUUGCUUUGAUAAUUCUUUAUGCACAUUCAUAAAUGUGCUUCUACACCGAUACAUUUCCCACCCAUGAUCCUUUAUCAUAAUUACGCCUGCAUGAGGGCUCGAUGGCUAUGGCUCGGGAUGUUGUGGUAACAGUUCAUAUGGUCUUUGACUACGGCAUUUUGCAGUGCUGGCUCCAUCUCCUAGUAAAAUCGAGCUUCAAGCAAUCUUUACUGCGUUAAUUAAUGCGCAGAAAGUUCUGCACAGGCUCACAGUUGUUGAAUGGCGACAUAUACUGUGCGCUGGUGUGAUGGAGCCAAGUACAGUCAGCUACAAGGGUUCAUGGGACAUGAGGCUUGGCAAAAGGAUGCUGCAGAGCCUGGACACGCAGCCUCAAUUUCAAGUUUUGGUUUACAAGUAGCCUUUGCGAGCUACACAGCGAUCCAUUAAAUUAGAAGCGCCAUUGUUUAGUGCUGUAGAAAUUUACAUUUGUCGUAGAACCCAUGUCCCGUAAAAUAUUGCGCCCGCCUCUACCUUACAUUGGUGCCAUGUUGAGUCUCACAUUAGGCCACUGUCUCACUUUAGUUGCAGCUAUUGCCUAUUUUUCUGGGCGCCUGUACUGUGGGAGCCUAAAACUGAAGCAGUGCCUUUUCUCGUGGCCAGAUUUCAUUUUGCUUGAUGUUGUGUGCACAUGUUCCGUGCUCUUUAUUUGCUCAUCACUUAAGUUUUGUUGGUCGCACAGCAGGCAGCUUCCGAGUACAUGUGAUCAUUAUCGCCAUGCUUGUUGUAUGUUCCAGUGCUAACAAUGCACCUCAAAGUAAUUGUACGCCAUAUCUAGGCCCCCCCAAAAAGUGGCCGUUAUAUGAAAUCGAUAUAGACUAACCUAAGCAGCAUGGCAUUAAAUUGUCGAGAACAAAAUUAAUAUAAACAUUUUAUGCGCUUGGAAAAUUACCAUACUUUGUGUUGUGUCAAGUCUUUCUGCCACAUUUCUUUAAAUGCUUCGACUCCAUUGGUGCCUUUCAUUUGGCGUAUGGCAUCUUUUUUUUUUAAUUCUUCAUGGCUAAGUACACACUGACUAUGACCUAUGUCAUAGAUUGCAACAAACCUAUGACAGCUGAGCCAUGUGGUGUCAACAUAUCUAUCCGUGCACCUGUUUUGGUCAUGAUUUAAAAAGUUUGGGUGUGUGUAUGUUAGUGCUUCUGUUUAGAGAGAUGUUUUACUCCGCCUCGGACAAUUCAAACGGGAAAAUCUGGUUUCUUACGCUGCGAAGAGUCCACUGUUGCUUUAUGCGCAAAGCAUUCUUAAAUGUUAUGAAUUGCUGCAGUGCUGUAGCACCAUUUGAGAAUUGACUUUUCAUGCAUAAUAUUUGUUUGUUUUCCUGCCAUUUUAGGCACCAGAAAUUGUCCUAGUCACCGACAUGUUGUUGCUCUGUCACAUGCAAUGUACAGCAAAGAAGUAUUUUUACCAGAGUUGAACGUUGAGCAUUGCACAAAUUUCACAGAAAUAAACUUUCUUUGAAAAUGCUUG